UUGCUAAAAGAAUACGAAAUCAGAGAACAAGAUAGAUGGUUGCCUUUAGCCAAUGUUGGCCGAGUUAUGAAGACUGCAUUACCAUCUCAUGCCAAAUUAUCCAAAGAAUCUAAAGAGUGUGUACAAGAAUGUGUGUCUGAAUUCAUCUCCUUCAUCACAUCAGGUGCUGUUGAUAAAUGCCAGGCUGAGAAGAGGAAAACAUUGAAUGGUGAAGACAUCUUGUAUGCAAUGAAUACACUUGGAUUUGAAAACUAUGCUGAAACUUUAAAGAUCUAUUUGGCCAAAUAUAGAGAGGUAAGUUUGAUCUCAACCUUG